AUGCCUGAUCUCUCCGGCGAGCAUCUAGCAGCGCUGAGAAGCGUGAUAGUGGACAAGCCGCCUUACUGCAGCGGCGUAUGCCCUGUAGCUCCCGACCACUUCCAUCUCUUCUAUAGCACGAAUGGCGAUGAAGCUAGACGCAUUGACAUGUCCAAGGCUACUGAAGACGAAAUAAAGCUGCUCGCGGACGUAUGCAGCCCCGCUACCUUCGGCCGUAACAACGAAGACAUUCUAGACGAGUCGUACCGGAAAGCCUGGAAGCUCGACAGGAGCAACUUCGGCUUGACGUUCCAUCCGUUGGAUCACGACGGUCUCGUCAAAGUGCUCCGUUCCGAGCUUCUUGAGGGCCACGACGAGAAGAAGCCUAUCAAGGCAGAACUUUACAAGUUGAACAUAUACGGUCCGGGCUCGUUCUUCAAGGCUCACAAGGAUACACCCAGAGCAGAGAAUAUGUUCGGGUCUUUGGUCGUGGUCUAUCCGACUCCCCACGAAGGUGGCGCUCUCGUCCUUCGCCAUGGAGAACAAGAGUGGAAGUUCGACUCCGGAGAAAUCCUAGGCGCCCAGGGUGAGCCUCGCUUGGCCUACGCUGCAUUCUACGGCGACGUCGAGCACGAAGUCGCCCCCGUCGAGUCGGGAUAUCGUGUCACCUUGACCUACAACCUCUAUUUCGCCGACACCGCGGACGCGGAGCCUUCAGACGCCAGUCUUUCGGUGUCGAAAACCCUUCAAGAGACGAAGUUCAGGGAGAUGAUGCAGAGACUCCUGGACGAUCCGACGUUCUUGCCGGAAGGAGGGAGCCUUGGCUUCGGCUUGAAAUACCAAUAUCCAGUCGAGAAUGGGAAAGACAAGUACUGGGACAUACCUGCGAAGUCGGUUUCCGUGGCACAGCGCUGCCUGAAGGGUAGCGACGCUGUGAUCUCAAAGGUCGCCCAGGAGCUGUCGUUGCCGACGUCAGUCAAGGUCCUCUACUUGAGUGACGACGACUCGUGGACCCCCACUGUCUUGCAGGACAACUUCCAGCCCAUAGGCGACUGGAUGACGGAGGAAGCCUUGCAAUGGAACCUUCUUAGCGACGGUGGAGGGAAGAUCCUCCAGUCCGUGCAUAACGAGGAAGACGCCGAGGGUCGCGACUUGCACGACGCGUACUUGAAGUUCCCGAAGGAGAAGGUAUAUUGGGUGACGGAUUGGACCGAGUAUAAUAAGUUUGCGGACCCGUAUAUGACGUACGGGAACGAGAGCGAGCUUGCGUGGGCUUAUGGAAACCUAUGCCUCAUCGUCCGUGUCGAGCGAUAUGGGGAGGGGAAUAGAGUGGCCAUUCAGGCCGGGACGUCGGAUACUGGGAAGAAGACCGGUCGGGGCAGGGCUCGUGGCAGGGCUCGGGGUAGGGCUCGUAAGGCGCGGGGCUAG